UCUUCCCUGGGAUCCAUUCAACUGAAGCAAAAGCAGAUUUUCAUUUGUUUAAUAAUUUUGUUUAAUUUUAUUAUAAUUAUUUAAUAAUAUUUAGUUAUUUGUUAUUUAUUGUUAUCGAAUUGUUCAAGAGUGGCUCCAAUAAGGUAGAAUAUGAAGAGGAGAAAUGCCGAUUUUUGUGGCAAAUUUCGUCGUCCUGUCAAGAAAUCCAAGCUGACCUCGAGUGGAUUUUAUGGAAGCACUUUCAUGUACUUGAAAUUUUUGAUGGUUUGGUCUUUCGUACUUUUUGCUGAUUUCAUUCUCGAAUUUCGAUUUGAGUAUCUUUGGCCGUUCUGGUUACUCUUACGAAGUGUUUACGACUCCUUUAAAUACCAAGGAUUGGCUUUCUCAGUUUUUUUCGUUUUCAUUGCACUCACAUCCGAUAUGAUCUGUUUCCUUCUCAUCCCUGUUCAUUGGUUAUUUUUUGUUGCCAGUACAUAUGUUUGGGUACAAUAUGUCUGGCAUACUGAGAAAGGAAUAUGUCUUCCGACAUUAUCACUUUGGUUACUAUUUGUAUAUAUUGAAGCAUCGUUUCGCCUGAAGGAACUAAAAAACCUUCCUUUUCAUUUAGACCUUUGCAGACCUUUUGCGGCUCAUUGCAUUGGAUAUUCUGUGGUUACCCUGGGUUUUGGUUUUAAAAGUCAUGUUAGUUAUAAGAUGAGAAUAAGAAAACAAUCGGAGGUUACAAAAGAAAAUGAAUUUUACUUCGAGCUUCUUCAAAAGGCUUUACCUCAGGAAAUUUGCACUCCCAAUUCAACGGACAAUACCUCUGUCAUCUCUAAUAGUGUUCCUCUCCCAUUAGCCUUAAAUCAUAAUCACCAUAGUCUCAACAAUAAAAAGGCCAAUUCAGGAAAUAAUGAAAAAACUCCAACUGUUAGUCAUCAACCGCCUAACUUAGUUAAAUUGAACAAUGAAUAUGAAUCCAAGAAAAACUAUACCAAUGGUAUAGAUAAGCAAGAGCUUCAAUUUAUGGAACAUUCAAUUAACAACAAAAAGCAACUCGGUGAUUACGAGAAUGACAGUAACAUAGGUGAAUAUAAUCAUGAAAAUUCAUUUAAAACCAUAACAUCAACCACUCCACCAUCAUCUACAUCAUCACUUUCAUCAAACAAAUCAGCUGAUAAGCUGACAAAUUCUAUGGCAUCCAUUACACUCUCAUCUUCAAACAAAUUGAACCACUCAUCAAACCAUGUAACAUCUAAUAACUGUACAACCAAUGCCAACUCUUUACCUUUUGGUAAUGUUCAAUCAUUGAAUAUUUCAAAUAAGAAGACCAAAAACAAUUUGGCUAAUAAUUUAACAUCGCAGAAAGAUGAGCUUGUGAUACGCCUUGAAGCAGACAUUAAAAGACUUAAAGCUUACUUACAAGCGAGUCGUCAGACGGAACUUGAGUUGAAAUCUCAAAUUAACUCUCUUCUAUCCGAGGAGAGAGGACUUAAGAACGAGAUAUCAACCCUUCAGCAAGAUAACGAUAGCCUGCAGACUAGGCUACACAAUUUGCUGAGUGCACGACAGCAAGAUAAGCAAGCGGUGUCACAAUUGGAGAAACGUUUGCAGGAGGAGAAAAAAUCAAGAACAUCUUAUGAGAAUCAACUUGCCAGUGAAAGAAAAGCCAAAAAAGACGAAGCGAACGCCAGAGCAGCAGCAGCAGCUGCUCGAAUUGAAUGUACAGAGAUUUGUAAAAACAAAAGAAGAGAACUUGAGAAUGAAUUAAAACUCUUGAGGAAAGAGAUCAAGGCUCGAGAAGACCAAGUUAAACAGAUUGAUAGUGAGGCUCAGUCUCUCCGUCAAUAUAAAGAAUCUCAUGGAGAUACAGAAAUACUCUUGUCCGCUUUGUCUGCUAUGCAAGACAAGAACGCACACCUCGAGAAUAGUUUAAGUGCAGAGACAAGGUUAAAAUUGGAUCUUUUUUCUGCUCUGGGUGAAGCUAAAAGACAGCUCGAAAUCAAUCAAGGUAGGAACUCGCUUUUACAUCAAAAAGAUAGACGAAUCGAAGAACUAGAGUCAAUCGUGUCCCAGCUUAAAUCUCGUUUCACCGAAUUGUUAGCAGUUAUGCCAGCGACAACCGCAUACACUGGAAUCGAUAGUGAUAUUGUGUCAUCUCUUAUGCUCAACUCUAAGUUCAUGUCAGAUCCAAAUGAUUCACAUGACUCGUCCAUGAAAUCUCCAUUGGAUCCUAACGCACCCAUUUAUACUCCUAAUAAAAGUCCUGAUCUCUAACACCCAGUCUAUCUGAUCUCUUAUCCCAUCCAAAACAACAACAACAACAAACCAACAAAAUAAAACAUAACUUGAUGUUUAAAUAACAAAAAAAACAACAAUUAAAAUGAUGAUGAUAAUGAA